AGCGCCGCGCCCAUGCCGGAUUCCAGGCUGUUUAGUCCUUCGCAGGAAACCAGUCCACCCAUAGUCUGGCCGGUGGCUAGUGCAUGCACACUGCGGGCAAAGGCUCACUGUCUCUGUCACUGCUGCAUUUGCAGCGCCUGAUGCCUUCUAUGGCUGAGUUUGACAAAGCCGCCGAGGAGGUUAAGCACCUCAAGACCAAGCCUGCAGACGAUGAGAUGCUUUUUAUCUACAGCCACUACAAACAAGCGACUGUAGGAAAUGUGAAUACAGAACGGCCUGGGAUGUUGGACUUCAAAGGCAAGGCCAAGUGGGAUGCCUGGAAUGAGCUGAAAGGGACUACCAAGGAAGAUGCCAUGAAAGCUUACAUCAACAAAGUUGAAGAGCUAAAGAAAAAAUAUGGAAUAUAAGAGACUGGAUUUGGUUGCUAGCCAAAUGAUUAACCUAAACUGAUACGAUGCCUUGUUUUUUCUAAUACUGUGGAUGAUGUGAAAUAACCAGUUAACCCAGUUCCUCAAGGCUGUGGAGGAUACAGGUCUAACAGAUUAGGGGCUAAAAUGAUUACUGACCUUCUUUUAGUAGUUUUUAUCAGAGAUAAAUUAAAAGUGUAUUUGUUACUUUAA